AUGGCGGAUCGAUAUUCUUUCUCCCUCACCACAUUCUCUCCCAGCGGAAAACUGGUGCAGAUUGAAUAUGCUCUGAACGCAGUCAACCAGGGUAUCACCGCCCUCGGUAUCAAAGCCACAAACGGUAUUGUCCUCGCCACCGAAAAGAAGUCGUCCUCCCCUCUCGCCGAUCAAAGCUCCGUCUCGAAAAUCAGCAACAUCACACCAAACAUUGGAGCCGUUUACUCUGGCAUGGGCCCCGACUACCGAGUCCUGGUCGACCGAGCUCGCAAGGUUUCCCACACUGGCUACAAGCGAAUCUACAACGAAUACCCCCCCACCAGGAUAUUAGUCCAGGAUGUCGCUAGAGUCAUGCAGGAGGCCACGCAGUCAGCUGGUGUUCGACCAUAUGGUGUGAGCAUGCUUGUCGCGGGUUGGGAUGAUGGCAUCGAGCCCGAGGAUGAGACUCCUGUCGCCGAGGGAGAGGAGAAGAAGCCUAGCGCCAAGACUGGCGGCAUUCAAAAGGGUGGUCCUAUGUUGUACCAGGUUGAUCCUACGGGCAGCUACUUUCCUUGGAAGGCAACCGCUAUUGGUAAGAGCGCAACCAAGGCCAAGACUUUCUUGGAGAAGAGAUACUCUGAGGAGUUGGAGCUAGAGGAUGCAAUUCACAUUGCCCUUCUAACCUUGAAGGACAAUAUUGAGGGGGAGAUGAACGGUGAUUCCAUUGAGAUUGGUAUCGUUGGUCCUCCUGCCGAGCACUUACUGGGACUUGAGGGAGUCGAGGGAGCAACGGGUCCACGAUUCAGAAAGCUCACCCCUCAGGAGAUUGAGGAUUAUCUGACGAGUCUAUGA